AUGGCAACUUUCUUUGGAGAAGUCCUGCCUGUCCAUUCCCGUGCUGUUGAUGAUGAUGAUGAUGACGAUGAGACAGAUUGUGUGGAUUUCUGCCCAGCAGUGAUAAAAUGGAAUCCAGACAUCAAAGGAUUAUGUGAGGAUAUACAGUCAGAGAAAUCCCUAGCCUGCUCAUCCAUGCUGAUAGCGGUCGGACCAGCAGCGUCAGGUUUUGUGCACGCCUAUCUCAUAGACAACGAGUCCGAGGCAAUAGCAGCAAUAUGCACAGGUUUCACGGAUGAUGAUUCCAAACUAUUCAUCCCCCAGUCACCUACAGAUAAGACCUGUCGCCUGUACAGAUCUCGCCAGAGUCCGAAGCAGUUUACCUGUAUUUGCAACUCUGUUGUCUCACCGGAACAAGCCUUCUCUUGGACCUCACAGUUAUUUGAUCAUAUUGACCUGUCAGAGGCUCAGGUGGCAGUUUUAUCAUCCUCUGUAACCAGCGAGUACAGGACAGACGUUCCUAGCUCAGAGCUGACAGUACCAUUUGUCAAAGCCCUCAGGACCCAGGCAUUCACAGGGUCGCCAUUUUGUCCUUACCUGGAACAGCCAAAUAUUGUCAAUGGAUUACCUGCGCAGAUUUUGACCUACCUACACAUCAGGAAACUGAAAGGCAUUCUCUACCAUUGUUACACGGACACGAUAUUCUUGGAUUCCAGGACAAUUAAGGCUUUUAAACCCAUCUUGACGACAGCACCAUUCAAAGAUUCUGUUAAGGUUAAUCCAAAGGCAGAUGAACAGCUUAAACACAUUGUGCAUUUGCACACAACAUCAAAUACCCUCUACUUGUGACAUUUGAUCCUACAAACAGAUACUGAGGAACUUUUAAACCUCAGUUGACUAAAAUUCACUGUG